AUGAAUACCGAUAGAUAUGUAUUAAGCUGGAAGGGACAACAGAUUAGCCUUUGUGUAUCAACAUUAAUAGUGAUAUUAUUGUCUUUAACCAAACUUGUUCACACUUCAGGCAACGAUGUAUUGGUGCAAGCUUUUGCCGAUAGGUUUAGUCAAUCAUCAACAGAAGAAGCUCUAGAAAUCUGGCAUACAGACUGUCAUAGACGUUGCCGUGUACAACUUAUUGAACAUGUAAACGUGGCCUGUACGUUUGAUCCGUACAAAAUAUUCAUUACCAAAAGAUCUGUAAAUAGUUCCAUGGUUCCAAUAAUACCAGCUUCUGAAAAAUCUUCCGGAUCACCGCCAUUUUUAUCGAAGCAUACAGCAUCUUCCUUUCUAGCCACAAGAGGGAAAGGAACAAAGGUUAAAAGUCACUCAAGACAGAAAAGGGGUGUGAUGGAAGAAUGCUGUUAUUUCAAAUCCUGCUCGUGGGAAGAAUAUGCUGAGUUUUGUCACACCUAUAACAGACGACCGACCGCGCGCACCUCCAACUGUUAUCGAUGACCCCUUGGGGUCAACUGUUUUGUUAAGUCUGUAUUAUUAAGAACUUGAAAAUCGGAUGUUUCCUGUUUCGGACAAUAAUUCAUCACUGUUCAAUUAGAUUUCCAUAAUUAAC